UCAUCAGGCCAGGACUGUCUUCUUAUUAUGCUUAAUUAUAUAAGGUGAAACAAAAAAUGGGGAAGAUACUGAAGAAAUCAGUCCAAUUUCUAUGUGCCAUCCUUCUCAAUAUGGUCAGUUACAUAUUCGUUGCCUAUAACAGUAAUUUUGUUUUUCCGAACAGGGCAUUGACUGACUUUGUUUGGCAGCUGUCUAUAGCAACAAGUGCUGGAGGGAUUGAUUCUGGACCUGGUAUUUCUGUUCAUUUCCAGCCACAGUAAUCUGCUUUGGAAGAGCGUAUUCCCACCCGAGGGGAAUUGUGCCAGAAGAUCAAACAAAUUCAGGAGCUCCAUGCGACUUGCUUUACAGUUUGUUUUCCUUCUCUUUCAUAGAGCUACUAAUAGUAUCAGUCUUCACUUGAUCUGAAUCAGGUGUUGGUGGACUUUGUUUGGCAAGCAGAUGGUCUAAAGCAUGAAAUGCUGGAGAGGGUGUUUCUGGACGGGGAAGUUAUUGCAGUUCAUUUCCAGCCUCAAUCAUAAGGGCAUUGACAAACUUUGUUUGGCGGGCUGUUUAUAGCAACAAGUGCCGGAGAGAUUGAUUUUGGACGUGGUAUUUCUUUUUCAUUUCCAGCCUCAGUAAUCUGUGAUGGCACUGCUGCAUGCCAGUUGCUUUACAGUGUAAGAAUCCAUAUUUACCCCUUUUUUUUUCCGUCGGUUGCUCUACUAAUUUCAAGUGGAAUCCAGUAGUUUCUUGCCGAAAACGGCUUGUUGUUUGUGAAAAAGUGUGAAACUAACAAUAUCAAUCAGUGGCAUUGACUACAACAAUACUUAACUGAUUGUUAUUCUUGCCAUAGUGAGUAAUGGAUAUGUACCAUAUAGGUCAGCGGGCAAACCAAGUACCAAAUCCACUUGGUUAACCUUUAAACAUCAGCUGGGCAUACCAGUACUAAUGCUUGGAAUGCUGUAGAUCUACCGAAAGGGACCCUGAAAAAUAUCAUUAAUCAUUCACUUAGCUACGUGUUUAGGUGGGCUGUGAUGUGGACUGAUAUAUGAGCACACUUCAUGUGAACAUCAUGAUGGCCUGUCUAUCGACUUGAUGCCCUUAUCCAUAUUAGUUCACUGCUCAUAACCUCUACUUUACCGUUAUAUAAUUCAACAAUUAUUCUAUCUAGUCCUAGGAACAUUCAUGCCAAAAAUGGAGAGGCCGGCUUUUUUAUGGACAUUGCAUUAGGUUAUCUGAAUAACUGUUUCCUGGUUUGAGUUGAGUGAAAUGGCCAAGUCUGUCAAAUCUGUUUUAUUGCAUUGUUAUCUUAUCAGAUAAUAUCACAUGUGGUGGUGAUAUCACCCUGGAAAAGUGUAGCAGACAUGUUUGAAUACUAGCUAAUGGACUUCAUCUAUACAAAAUCUUUUUAAAUCUCCAAGUGGUCCUGCAUGUUUCUUGAAGUAGUGGAACAUGGGUUGUUGCUUGUUACAAGAAUGCCAUUGCACAAUGACUGCUAUAUUUCUGAUGGUUAGUUGGAUAACAAAGCAUGUGAUUGCCUUGUGACCUUGUCCCUCAUCGAGCCCUAUCUACUUGCCUCUUGGUCAUUACUCAGAGAUCAGAGAUGAAAUGUUCUUGUAUAAGCUCUUUCAUCUAUAUAUACUUGUCUGUGUGUGGAUUGGCAAGCAACUCAAGUUCUAGUAUCCUCAAACACCAAAAGUUGCCUUUUUUUCCUUCAACUUAAAGUAUUCAGAGAUUUUCUUUCCCUUGUUAAGCAUGGGUUUUCGUUUGCCUGGUAUUGUUCAAGCUAAGAAAGCUCUUCGACAUCUUCCCGGUACUGCUAACCAAGCAGCUCCAGGGGCCUUAGAUGUUCCAAAGGGCUACUUUGCAGUAUAUGUUGGUGAAAACGAAAAGAAGCGUUUUUUGAUCCCAGUAUCAUACUUGAACCAGCCUUUGUUCUUGGAUUUGCUCAGUCAAGCUGAAGAAGAAUUUGGAUUUGAUCAUCCGAUGGGUGGUCUUACAAUUCCUUGCAGUGAAGACAUCUUCAUUGAUAUCACUAAUCGCUUAACCAGGUCAUGAAAGAGUACUUGGACAUAGAAGAGGCUGACCAGUUUUGUAGACAUUUAGCAUUACCAUGUACAAAACAAUUUAUUUCAUCUUUUUUCCUGCAUAGAAAUGCAGUUUGUUACAAAAUCUCUUCAUUGAGAAUUAGAAAUAUCAGAUCAACUGAUUCUCUAGACUCUGUAAUUCUUUACUUCUCUCUUUAGACCUACUCUGGAAUUGUUCUCCUAUUUGUCCUCAAUAUUAUCCAAGGGUUAGAGUUUGGUCUGGAAAUCUCUAUCUAUCUUAAUCGGUAACAUGACGCUGUGGUGAAUAUGGUGCAACAAUGAGUUGGCUCAUAGAUGAUUUAUAAGGUUUGGGGUUCUCUCUUAAUCUAACACUUCUACUUCGGUGGUCAAGUUCUCCAUCUGAAACUAGAAAAGAAAUGAUCUAUUAUUCCUCUUAUGUUGACCUCCCCGUUGCUUGUGAUUCAAGAAUUUACCUGUUACUUUGCAGUCUGCAUUUGUAAUUUGAGCUAAAUAUCACAAAGAUGCCUUUGUUUUUUCUUUUUUCUCUGAAUGGUUACAUAUCACGAGGCAUGAAUACUUUCCCUUACUUAAAGAAGUAUCAAUAUUCAUAUUUGGUUGCCCUCUAAGGUUCAUGACAUCAUUAGGCACAUGAGCUGAAAUGUCAUUAGGCCAUGAAUGUCUUCUUGUCGUGCUUAAUUAUAUGAGGUGAAACAAAAAUGGGGAAGAUACUGAAGAAAUCAGUCCAAUUUCUAUGUGCCAUCCUUAACAAUCUGGUCAGUUACAUAUUCAUUGCCUGUA